ACUAAAAGUGCAGCUACACCUUUAUCAAACCUGUUUAUGGGAUUCCCUACUAUAAUUCUCUCUUAAGUUAGGCCUAUAUUUUGCCAGACAUAACUUAGGCCUAGCUUGGGCCUAAUUAACAUAAAGAAUGCUUGAACGUAAUCGUUCACGCCAGGCAAAGAUUGAUGUGAAGGGCGUAGCUUCAGAGCCACUGAAACAAGUCAAUCAAAACACCGUUACCACUGUUGCAUCAACAAGUGUCAAUAUUAAAAAGCACUAUUCUGGUAGUAACAAAGUUACAAUUGAAACCACAGUGACCAUGUCAAAACACCCGACAAGACAAGUGUCGAGUCCCAGAAAAGAGGAAGUAGUUGAAAAUGUUGACGACACUCGUAAUACUUCAGAGGGAGAAGAAUCAUCCUCAGAAGACAAAGAGAAUGCAAGUUCCCCUAACGCAAACUGUCUUUUGCGCCAAGAUACCAAAUCUCGGCUGAAACGUCUUGGAGUACUUUAUUCAGAUGACCCAUCAAGACUAUCGUCACCAAUCCACAAAACUGAGGAACAUUUUUACAUCGAGGAAGUUAAGGAAUCAGAAUCCAAACCGAUGGUAAGGAAUGAUAUAAGGAGUUCUGGUCGGAGUGCUAGGUUGGCAGCCCUGGCUGAUACUAUCAACCACUGGGAGGACGACCCCAGACACAUACCACUGAAGAAGGAAGCACAAGGGUUUUCCUCAUCUCAGACCAAUCAUAAGAUGGUUUACGACUAUGAGAGAUCAGGCCAAUCUCACAACAGACCAUCUCCAACUAGAAGUGUGUCUCCUCAGAUGAGCUCCUCAGAUGACAAUGAGAGACCAGACCCAUCUCACAGCAGACCUUCUCCAAUUAGGAAUGUGUCCCCACAUAUGGUCUAUGACUAUGAGAGACCAGGCCCACCUCACAGCAGACCUUCUCCGACUAGGAAUGUGUCCCCACAGAUAGUUUAUGACUAUGAGAGACCAGGCCCGUCUCACAACAGACCAUCUCCGACUAGGAGUGUGUCUCCACAGAAGUCUCCAGUGAAGACUUCGCCCAUCAAGACAAGGUUUGGAAGCCCCAUCAAAAUGGGCACAACAGUAGUCAAGGCUCAAGAAGCGAUACCCCCAUCUAUUGAUGUUGACACACCGCUACCGACAAUGGGAAUCAAACAGCAGUUACACAGUCCUCGUAAGAUGGCCUCUACACCACCGAGUGGCUCAGUGCUAGACAGAGCUCAACGCUACGAGGAGGCUACGAGUCCUAGCAAGCGAGCGCGAGACCCCACAGAACUCUCACUGGCCGAGCGCAGAGCUCUUUUUGAGCGCAAUGCAGGUACAGCUGUACUACCCAAGGCUCCGUUUGGCCAGGCCGUCCCUGCAAAAAAGCUGCAGAGUAAACCAGAACAGAGGUCUACGUCAAAGCAACAAGGUUCUCUUCACAACAGGGUUGCUGCUUUUCAGAGGACUGCUGAGAACCACGAGAAAGACCAUGUGAAGGAAGCUCUCUCCGAGAGGCAGAAGGAGUUGGAGAUGUUGAAGAAUCGAUGUGACAGAAACAAAGGACUGUUAACUCAGAAACCUGACGACUACAAGCCAUCAGCUCCACCCCCAACACCCCCACCUCUGCCAUCCCCACCGCAGAACUUUAACUACGGAAGCAGGAGAAAUAGUAGUUUCUAUGAACAAGAAGAAGAGGAAUACCCUGAAAUGUCAGAACCUCAAGACUCUCCUAAAUUUCUUAAACCAAAAGAAGCUUAUCCAGUGCUGAAAGAUGUCAAGAAGAUCAAGUUGUCUCCACCCAAGCCAGGCCACCUGUAUCCUAACUUGUCUGAUAUGGAGGUAGAGAGCAGUGAGGCUGCAGAGUUGGACAGUAGUGCCAACACGAGUAACAACAACAGGUCAACAUCAUCUGACAUGUCCGAUGAGUCUGAUUUGCACAGCCUAGGACAAGACAUAGUUAAACUGUCUAGAUCUAACUUGAAGAGGAACUGGUCUGCCAGUGAGGGAUCCAGAUCUGAAGCAGAAGGUCAAGAGAUUGAUGAUUUCCUUGAUGAAGCUUUGAACACCUCAGACCAAUCAACACCACCUAAACGCAUCUCUUACAGCAACAACGCUGGGAGUGUACACUCAAGAAGUUUUGAAUAUUCACAAAACAACCAACAACAAGAAGAAUCAUACAAACAGCCUCUACUGCACACAGUCAGCUUUUACAGAAAACAACAAAACAUGACUCUGAAACCUCCAUCACCGACAAGACAGGUACGAAUAGAUCCAUCCGAGUACUCCACAGACGACAGUAUUGAGCGGAUGGAGGAGGAGUUGGACAGGGAGCUCAAGCUGGUUGAGCAAAAGAUUGCUGUAUUGCAACAAGAGGUAAUCAAGCAGCAGUCGUACAUUUCCCAAGCCAGCCAAGCUCUCAAUCUGUGUUACUCUACAAUUGAAUUCUCAGGGUCAACAGAACAGCUGGAGGCUGAAAAGCUCCUUCUGCUUGCAACUCAAAGAAGACAAGCAGCUCUACAUGAGAUACAGAGACUGAGGGUAGAACAGACACUGAGACCACAGAGUACAGACAACAACAGUCUAACUGAGAGAGGCAGUCUAACUCUCUCACAGGUUACUCUACCUCUUAAAAUGGACGUUAUACACCGUGCUGCUAAAGAUGACCAGUGUUACUACCUACUAUGCCUGGUGCACCACAACGAGGAAGUGUACAGUACGGAUGUGAUGUGUGCUCCUCGUCACCUACACCACCACAACCAACUUACCUUCCCCAACACAUUCUCUCUAGACAACGUCUACUCUGACUUCAAGGUCAUCAUAGAGGUGUACGGGAUGACUGCUAGGAGCAAGGAGCACAUCCCUCAUGACGUCAAGUACCAUAUCAACACCAGCAAGAAGGACGCCAGCAAGCUGAAGUUAACCCCUCGCAAGAUGAAGGGAGAGUCUCGCCUGGUAGCUCCUCCUGUACAGUCACCAGGGGGUCCGUCAGCAGUCAGGACAUCUGCCUUCUCAUUGGCCGGCUACGUCAUCUUCUCACUGCGCGAGAUCAACCGCAAACAGUUUACACUCAACAAGAACAACUACACCAGUGUGGUGGAAGGCUCGAUGCAGGUGAAGAUUGACACAGAGAUGAGAGUGGACGUGGAGCACCGAGGGUUCCUGACUAUGUUUGAGGACGUGUCUGGCUUCGGGGCUUGGCACAGACGCUGGUGUCUGCUCAAAGGGGACAAACUCUCAUAUUGGAAAUACCCGGAUGAUGAACGCAAGAAGAUUCCGCUAGACACCAUAGAGUUAACAAUGUGUGUGACACGAGAGGUUGACGUCGUGCCGAGAGAUGUAUGUGCUCGUCCCAACACGUUCCUGCUGGAGACCUCACGUCCUGCGCGAGACACCGACAGCGACUCUCUGGUCAUGAUCAGACACCAGAACACAACCACUAUCAGACACUUGCUGUCAGCUGACACAAAGGAAGAUCGUAUUCAAUGGUGCCAACACGUCAACAAAUCCCUCGCCUUACUGAGGGCUUGGGGAGUCUCAGCACGCAAUUGAAACCGACACAUAUUACUACCUCAUUGUGAUCUAUAUCAAAUAUAUACAUAAUGAAUAAGAUUUAUUUACAGAAUUAAGUAUUUACUCAAUAGAUUGAAUUCAGUAGAUCUGAUAAAAAUAUGAUAUAGGUAUGUAUAAUGUCCUAUGCCCAUGUACUUUAUAUAAUGAAUAAGUUUUAUUUACAAAAUAAAGAAUUUCCGUGAUAUAUUGAAUUUAAUGGAUCUGAUAAAAUAUAAGUAUAAUGUUAGUUCAAUAUUUUAACCAAAUGUUAUUGUGUAUGAUGAAAGUCAAAUACGAGCAAAUGUUUGAUGUUAGAAACGGUCUAUGAAGGUUCACCCCUAAAGGGGGGAUGGUUUCUUCCCCUGAAAUACCAUGGUGUACCCCAUGAAUAAUAUAAUGGGAUGUGAUUAUAUAUAGGGUGGCCCAAAAAAAGCACUCAUCAUUUCACAGUAAUUAAUUAUUAUUUAAUAGCUCUACAAACUUACUCUGUCUUAAAACUACAUGCUCUACAUGUUUUCCACCAGUGUUUGUUUAAUGUUUAUUACAUAUUACAUUCGUCUUAGCAUGUUUUCAACCAUUCCUGAACAUUGUUGUGGAGUGAUAUCCAUUAAAACAGAAGUUAAGUUAAAAAACAGCAGUUUGGAUGAGUACCUUUUUUUGAUCACCCUGUCUUAUGUGUUGGUUUUAAACAAUGUAACAUAAAAAUACGUUUUAGGCUUUACAUUUUACCGGUUAGUAGGAGGGCACUCCCCCCCCCCCCCUGUAAUCCUGAACCCACCAUUCAAGGUUCAAUUUUAAUUAUAAACUGUUAAACAGAUCUGUAUAUAAAGUGAAUUUGUUGUAAGCAGAUUAUAAAGGUACAUAUUUCUGAUCACAAAUAACACUACAAAUAUAAAUUUUAAUUUUAAGUCCAAUUUUAAUGAUGUACAGGUCUUUCAAGUAUUUAACUUAGCAUGUAUGUAACAGAUCUGACAAAGUUUCCUACUCUUAUGCUCUCUGUCAUUAAACAUAAUAUUUUGCAUGUUAGUACCUAAGGCUUCUUGUAUUCUAUUUCUCCUCAUAUGUAUUAACCAAACGUUUCUUUUUUUAAAUAACGCCUUUUUUAUAUUUUUGUAACUUAGAGUGUAUGAACAAGCCAUAAUAUUGAAACUGAAACAUAAUACUAAUAUUGUAACUUUAAAUGUUAGAACUGUAUAUUAGAAGUAUUACAUAUUGUAUUUAUUUACUGGCACAUAUUAAAACUGUGGCAAUUAAAUAACACUGCUGUGUUAGGAAACUAAUAAUAAACAAAUGAUGGUCUAUAUUUAACAAAUAACGUAGCAGAUGAGCCUAAUGAACAAGUUAAAUGUUAACAACGAACGAAUUUUGUGUAUGUGAUUUUAUGUGUAGUCUGUUCUAUGGAAUGAUAUUUCUCUUCUAUUACAUUAAACUUCUGUCAACAAUGUAAACAUGUGAUUGUUUUAUACAAACUUAUAUUAAAAACGUAAA